AUGCAAGAUCACCAUGAUGUUACAAUUAGCUGCAAAGAUGAAGGAUCUCCUCCGCAACACAGUGAUAGCAAAUUCUCCAUCAAAGUGAAAGAUGUCAAUGAUGUACGGCCACAAUUUGCAAAAGAUACUUUUAAAUUCUCUGUAUUUGAGAAUGAACAUCCAAAAACACCAGUUGGUUCUAUCAAUGCCACUGAUCCUGAUCUUGGAGCUGGCAGUAGACUCACAUAUUCCUUGCUCACCAAAAAUGAAGAUUUCUUACCUUUCAAGAUCACCAGUGAUGGUUUGAUUUCUACAAUCAUGUCUCUUGACCAUGAGUUCAAAGACAUUUAUAAAUUCAAGGUUUUAGUGAAAGAUAACGGAAGCCCUCCACUUGAUAAUACGGUCAAUGUGAUUGUGGAGAUUGAAGAUAAAAAUGAUAAUGCUCCAUAUUUUACAUUUCCUAGUGUUAAUCCUUACAAUCUGGAUGUGAAAUAUCAUACAAAGAAUAUCACGCUUCUCAAGGCUGCCGAUAGUGACAGUCAAGAGAAUGCAUUUCUCAAAUAUGAAAUAACUAAAGGCAAUGAUAAACAGUUGUUUGCCAUCAAUCAUUAUACUGGAUUGUUAUCUUUCAGUCGCUUACUUAGCCAUCAAGAUGCUGGCUCCUAUCGCCUGCAGUUUAUGGUCAAGGAUAGUGGUAGUCCCGUUUUGUCUUCAAAGAAGUCAGUGAUUUUGACAUUGGCAGUCAGUAACAAUACGGCAGACAUGUUAAAUGCUGCACAUAUGCAUACUGAUAUUAAGAUCCACCAGUAUUUACUGAUUGUCAUUGUGUUGGUUGCAGUCACCGUUGCUAUCCCAAUUACUGCUGCCAUUUCCAUCUGCAUCCUUCGUUGCAUUGAUACCAGAAGUGUUGCACAUGCACAUCCAUUGGCUGCUGCUUCCAGCAAAUAUUAUCCUGAUCAGGCACAUCCAAUGCAUCCAUCUUACCAGACUACUUAUUGGUCUGGUGUGUCUGUUGCUGUACGAGCAGAACAAGAUGUGCUUUGUAGAACUCUACCGGGCAGAGGCAGAAGGCCCCAACAUUGUGCAGAUGUUUUGGAUGAUGGACGUAGAAGUUCAGCCCUUGGAAUAAAAGUACAAACUGCUACUGAAGUCAUCUAUGAACAAAUCAGAGACACAACUGGUGGCAAAAGACAUGAAGAGAGAAAUUAUAUGGCCUCUGCUUGUCAUCCUGACAAAGUACGUUCUUCUCAUACUGACAAAGAUCAAUAUGAUGAAAGAUCUUCAAAUCACUGUCAAAAUAUAUCAAAAUCAAAAAUGUCUGAUACAUCAGAUUAUUAUGAACCACACUCAUCGCAGAGUAUUCAAGAAGAAUACACUGAUAUGAAGCCUUCACUACAAACAUUCAUAUCCCCUGGAGAUACACGGACUUUCCAGAGAGUUUUCUUGUUAAUACAAAAUUACAGGUGCUACAUAAAUCUGACGAAAUUUACCCCUUUCUGGUCUGGAGGCAGAAGGCCCCAACAUUGUGCAGAUGUUUUGGAUGAUGGACGUAGAAGUUCAGCCCUUGGAAUAAAAGUACAAACUGCUACUGAAGUCAUCUAUGAGGAAAUCCGAGGUGCAACUGGUGGUAAGAGACAUGAAGACAGAAACUGUAUGGCAUCUGCUUAUCACCCUGACAUGGAACCCACUUCUCACCCUGAUAAAGAAGAUCCCUAUGCUGAAAGAUAUGCAAAUCACUGUCAAAAUGUGUCUGUUUCUGAUACGUCAGAUUAUUAUGAACCACAUUCAUCGCAGAGUAUCCACGAAGAAUACACAGAUAUGAAGCCAUCACUACAGACAUUCAUGUCCCCAGGAGAUACAAGGACUGUACCAAGACGGUUGUAUAAGGCAGAUGCUAACCCUAGUUCUGAUUAUAGGCAGUGGUCUACUCUGAAGCAUAGUGCAGUUGAUAGAUGCACUUCUGACACCCAGCUACAAUUACACAAUGUCGAUGCAGAUGAUGAAAUAUGUGAACCACAAGAAGAACAAACUGACACAGUAGCAGAAGACUUUCGAGAAGGACAGGAAGACCAAAGCUCUGAUUCAAUGCAGCCAAUACAAGAAACACAUACCUCCAUACAAAAUUCAACAUCUACAUAA